AUGGCGCAUACAGGUUGCAUCACUCGCGCUUCGUACUUAAUUCGCGCGUCGCCGCUCGUUCCCGAGCACGCGGCGGCGCGUUUACACAAUAGCGUUCCUGCUGUAAAGCGUCUCGGAAAUUCCAAUACCACAGUGUCACUCUCACACCCUCCGCGGAAUCCCGCUCCUCUCGCCGUUUCCAUCGCCGCGAUUCCCGCAGCUGCAAUCCUCGCCGCAUUGCCGGCGUCCGCGGCGGCGGCGCUUGCGGAGGAAUCACCCGCUACCGACAAAGUGCGAUCCGCCGUCGGGAGCUUACUAAUCGCAGCGGAGGAUUUAGAACGCGCCGCCGCGUCGGCAGCCGGAGUAGAUAAGGCGCGAUCCGCGGUGGGAAGUCUAGUUUCCGCCGCGGAGGAUUUAAAACGCGCGGCAGUUUCCGCGUACCGCGAUGUGGCCGGCGCGGGAUCCGCGGGGGGGGAUACCGCGCAGUUUGAUUCCGCGGUGGGGGAUAUAGUCUCCGCGACGGGGGAUCUCGAACGCGCCGCUGUUGGCAUUUUCGGAAAGGCUGUGUCAGCAGAAGAGAGCGUGUCGGAACAGGUGGGCAAGCUGCUUGGUUCGGGUGCGGAAGCGACGCAGAAGCUUCUGGAAUCCAGCGGGGAAGCGCUGCAGGCGGACACGGCAGGCGUGGCGAGGAUGAUUGGCGAUGCUGCCGGUGCAGGGAUGGAGGCGAUUGAAAGACUACUGGGAGAGGGGACCCCUUCACUGGAUGGCGUUUGGUCGCUGUCCCUGCCUACAAACGGAACCAUUUUCAACACUGUCUCAUCAGCAUCCGCGUUUCCAGACGCGAUCAGCGAUUUCGAAAAGAGCAUUUCGGACGCGGAGUUGCGAGGCAUGGUGGACGAGUCGCUAGUUUGGUCGUCUCUCAACGGACUGGUCGUCGGCGAUCAGACGGUCGAGGACUCGGGCUCUGUUCCGGGAUCGGGCUUGGUCCCCGCGCCAGUGACGCUGCUCCCCACGCCCUUCCCAGCGCACCAUUUCCAUCGAGCCGUGGAGCUCGCCCCUCUCUUCAACGCCCUUGUCGAUGCUGUCAGUCAGGAUGCCGACUUCUUACAGUCCACUCUCGCAAGUGCAGGGCGGUCUGACUCCUUCACAGCCGGUCUUCUCCGGAUACACGCGGAGAUACUCAAGCAGGGGAUUCAGCAGCCCAUACGGCUGGGCAUGCACAGGUCGGACUACAUGCUGGACACAGUGACAGGGGGCGUGCUGCAGGUGGAGCUCAACACCAUCUCCUCGUCCUUCCCUGGGCUAACUUCAAGGGUCACGGACCUGCAUAGGCACAUGGUGGGGAUGUACGGCGAGAAGGCGGGUCUGUCGGUGGAUGCUGUCCCCCUCAACAUGGCAGCAACGGACAUGGCAGAUGCGCUGGCAGCGGCAUGGAGGGAAUAUGGCGAUGAGAGUUCUCUGAUCCUGAUGGUGGUGCAGAAGCCAGAGCGCAACAUGUACGACCAGCACUGCUUGUCACAGCUCGUGUGGCAGAGGCAUGGGAUCAGAGUGCUGAGGAGGAGUUUGAAGGAGGUGCAGCAGCAGGGAGCAGUAACAGACGCUGGAGAAUUGACAAUGGACGGCCAUCGCAUAUCAGUGGUGUAUUACCGUGCAGGCUACGGCCCCAGUGAUUACCCAACCGAUCUGGAGUGGGAGGCCCGCUUGCUGCUCGAGCGAUCGUCAACAGUCAAGUGCCCCACCAUUGCGUACCACCUUGCAGGGGCAAAGAAGGUGCAGCAGCAGCUGGCACAGCCUGGCGUGCUGGAGAGGUUCGUUUCAGACGAGGCGUCUCUGCAGGCCAUGCGGCAAUGCUUCGCUGGGCUGUGGAGUUUGGAGGAGGAUGAUAAAGCAGGGAAAGGGGAAGGGGGAGUUGAUGGUGGGGCAGCACGGAACGCAAUCAUUGCAAAAGCGAUCCGGGAACCAUCAGAGUUUGUGCUGAAGCCUCAACGAGAGGGAGGAGGCAACAACAUCUACGACGAGGAAAUUACCAGGAAGCUUACAGAGCUGACAGAAGCAGGGGAGGCGGGGAGGCAGGAGCUAGCCGCGUUCAUUCUCAUGCAGAGACUCUUCCCCCCCAUGCACCGCUCAGUUCUCAUCCGGAGGUGCCAGUGGAGUUGGAACGAUACGCUCUCCGAGCUUGGAGUGUAUGGCACAUAUUUGAGAAAUGGAGACAGGGUGGUUAUCAACGCAGCAGCAGGCCACCUAUUGCGCACCAAAACAGCAACUUCGAACGAGGGAGGGGUGGCCUCUGGAUUUGCAGUGCUUGAUUCUCCGUACCUUGUCUGA